AUGUGCAAUGUGCCAAUCACGGAAUGCCCGCAAUUAUCUUCAGCGCUUAUUCAUUUCAACUCCAAAGAUAUCCGCGUUCUGACCCAAGGUGUAGGGUAUGGGGUUGUGCUCGGUAUCGGUUUCGUGUUUGCUAUCCUCAUGAUGGGUUUAUCAACCCUUCAAAAUCGAUACACGACCUACAAGAUCGCCACUUCCGAGGAGUUCAACACGGCAUCACGCAGCGUCAAACCUGGUCUAAUUGCUUCUGGCAUCGUGUCAGCAUGGACCUGGGCGGCCACACUCUUGCAAAGCUCUACAGUGACUUACGAGUACGGUCUAUGUGCUGGCUAUUAUUAUGCAGCAGGUGCUACGAUUCAAAUAUUCAUUAUGGCAAUUCUCGCCGUGCGGAUUAAAAUGAUCGCACCAUACUGCCACACCUUCCUCGAGAUCGUCCACGCUCGUUACGGUAAUGGAGCACAUUUCAUGUUCGCGACCUUCGGAUUGGUCGUCAAUCUCAUUGUCUCUAGUAUGCUACUGCUCGGUGGCAGUGCAGUAGUUAAUGCCUUCACCGGGAUGAACAUUUAUGCCGCCAACUUUCUCAUUCCGCUAGGAGUCUGUAUCUAUGUCAUCCUUGGGGGUCUUCGCGCAACGUUCCUAUGCGACUACUCACAUACACUCAUCUUGAUGAUCCUCAUCCUUUACUUCUUCUUCUGGACCUACACGAAAGCGGACCUCAUCGGCGGUUUUGAGGGAAUGUACCACUUGCUACAACAAGCAAGCAUUGAACGACCUGUGGCCGGAAACCAAGAUGGCUCAUACUUGACCCUGAAAUCUAACUAUGGCCUCACAUUUAUGAUUAUCCAGAUCACUGGUGGAUUCGGUACUGUCAUGCUGGAUCAGGCUCGUUAUUUGGGCUACUGGCAACGUGCAAUCGCAUCAGAAGCAAAAACUGCUGUCCGAGCCUAUCUUAUGGGCGGCAUUGCCUGGUUUGCCGUUCCUCUCACUUUCUCCUCCAUCAUGGGUCUUGCUGCUGUCGCGCUUGCCAACAAUCCCAGCUUCCCGUAUCCUGGUGGACUCACGGUGGCGGAGAUUAAUGCUGGCCUGGCUGCCCCUGCUGGUGUAGUGACACUAUUGGGCAGUGGUGGUGCAGCAGCCAUGUUGAUACUGCUUUUCAUGGCAGUGACCUCAGCUGCAUCCUCCGAGAUGAUAGCGACAUCGUCCAUUCUCACAUUUGAUCUGUACCAGAUCCACUUUAGGCCUGAUGCAUCACCAGAGACUCUUAUGCGUGUAUCUCACAUAAUGGUCGCAGUGUGGGCUCUAGUCAUGUCAUGUGUUGCCUCGUUGUGGAACGGAAUUGGCAUAUCGUUGAACUGGUUGUUCUUGUUCUCAGGAACUUUAUUCACUGGCGCUGUUGGGCCAGUUAUCUUCAGUGUAGUAUGGCGCCAGCAAACUAAAGAGGCUGCCAUCAGUGGUGCAUUGGGGGGAGUAGUGGUUGGCAUAAUCGCCUGGCUGGCAGUUGCAAAAACGUAUUACGGUGAAUUAACUAUCGCAACUACAGGACAAAUGUAUCCCAACCUCGCCGGAAACCUGGGCGCUUGCUGCUCAGGUGCUAUCAUUUCUGCGGUGAUCACUCUCAUCAAGCCUGACAAUGAGUUCGAUUGGUCUGCCACUAAAAGAAUCAAUCCCAGAGGAAGAGAGAUGGAUCGAAAACAGGCAACCUUACCAGGCUCUGGCUCUGGCUCCGACACUCCUGUCGAGAAAGAGAAACAAGAAAGUACCAUGACUGACAUGACGAUUGAUGUCCCAGCUGAAGAAUACGCAUCGCUUCAGAAGUCACUCAAGGUCGCUACUUGGGCCUCGUUGACAAUGACAUUCGUCGUACUUUUCCUUAUACCGAUACCAAUGUUCCUGUCACACUAUGUGUUCUCUCUGAACUUUUUCAAAGGUUGGAUCAUCAUCUGUGUGACGUGGCUCUUCGUGGCUGCUUGUAUUACAUCAGUCCUCCCCCUCUGGGAGAGCCGUGCGGCGAUAAAGGACAUUUUCUUGGGUAUGGUUCGGGACAUGUUCGGGGGCGCAAGGCGCAGGGAGGCAAGGAUUCGCACCAAUGCAUAG